CGGCCCCUCCCAGUGUCAGCACAAGCCCACACUGCACAGCCGAGGGCAGAGAGAACAGAUACUCACCCAGCUGCCAUGGCUGCUGCAGCUACAGCAGGGGAAAUACAAGAUGAAGCUAUUUGCUCCAUCUGCCUGGGGUAUCUGACAGAGCCGGUGACUAUAGCGUGUGGGCACAACUUCUGCCGAGCCUGCCUCACCCGGUACAGUGAGGAGAAGGGAACGGGGACACCCCUGACCUGUCCCCAGUGCAGAGCCCAGUUCCAAAAAGGGGAGUUCAAGCCCAACACCCAGCUGAACAACAUCAUACAAAGGAUCAAACAACUGGGGUUAAAACCAGGAAAACGGCAAAAGGAGGAUCUGUGUGAGAAACACAAGGAACAUCUCAAACUCUUCUGUGAGGACGAUGGAGAAACUAUUUGCUUGGUGUGUGAGAAAUCCCGACACCACAAGUCUCACACUGUGGUUCCCACUGAGGAGGCUGCCCAAGAGUACAAGGUGAAACUCCGGGGAGCCCUGGGCCCUCUGAGGAAGGAGCUGCAAGAGGCCCUGGCUCUGAGGUCUAAAGAGAAAAAGAAAACUACAGAGUGGCAGGGGAAAGUGAAGAAUAAGAGAGAGAUGAUUGCAGGUGAAUUUAACAAACUGCACACACUGCUGAGAGAGGAGGAGCAGCUGCUUCUGCAGAGCCUGGAGGAGGAGGAGAGGGAGACUCUGCAGAGACUACAGGAAAAUGUCACCAAACUCUCCCGGCAAAGCUCCUCUCUGCAGCAGCUGAUCACAGAGAUAGAGGAGAAAUGUCAGCAACCGGUUGCGGAGCUGCUGAAGGAUGUGAAAAGCACAUUGAGCAGAAGUGAGAAUGUGAAACUCCAGGAAGCAGAAGCUGUUUCUACUGACCUGAAGAACGUGUAUAAAAUUUCCCUUGACCUGAGGGAAGCGCUGGAGAGAUUCGGAGUGGACGUGACUCUGGAUCCAGACACGGCAAAUCCCCACCUCGUCCUGUCUGAGGAUCUGAAACGUGUGAGAGAUGGAGACAGACGCCAGGAUCUGCCCGACAACCCUGAGAGAUUUGAUCCCUGUGCCCUUGUCCUGGGCGCUGAGGGGUUCGCGGGCGGGAGGCGUUACUGGGAGGUGGGGGUGGCAGACAAGACGAGAUGGAUUCUGGGGGUUUGUAGGGAAUCUGUGAGCAGGGAGGAGUGGGUCACACACACACCUGAGGAUGGAUACUGGGCUGUGCGGCUGUGGUAUGGGGGAUACGAGGCCCUCACCGACCCCCCGACCCCCCUCCCCGUGAGCGUCGAGCCCGGCCGGGUGGGGAUUUUCCUGGACUAUGCGGCGGGCGAGGUCUCGUUUUACAAUGUGACUGACGGGUCCCAUCUCUUCACUUUCACUGACACCUUCUCCGGGCCGCUCCGCCCUUAUUUUUGUCCUGGUUACAGUGCUGGGGGUGAAAACGCGGCUCCCCUGAUCAUCUGCCCAGUCCCGGCUCCGGCCGGGGGCAAUCUCUGUACCCAACUGUGACCCUGCGGCACAGACCGGCCCCCCCAGCGCUGCUGCUCCUCCCGCCCCCCUGUCGGGGGAGCCGGUGGCUGCAGCUACUAGAGUUUUUGUGCUGACCGGACGCUGCCAGUUUCCCUUUUCCACUGGAGGGUCCAGACGAAAACCAGACACCUGGCAACCCCCAGCCCUCACCUUGCCCCGUCCCCUGCCCCAGGGGUAGCAGAGGGUGGGGGAUGGGGUCGUUCACUCCUGCCAGAAUUUUUUACCCCUGUUAAAUCUCAAUGUAAAAUAGGAAAGAAAAAAGAUGAUUCUAAUUUAGAAAAUAGUAUUUUAACAAGGUGAAAAUACAUUAGUGACUCUAAUUUAAGGUUUCACGUGCCAGUAAUAUAUUUUAACAUUUUUAGGAGGUCUCUUUCUAUAAGUCAAUAAUAUAUAACUAAACUAUUGAUGUAUGUAAAGUAAAUAAGGUUUUUAAAAUGUUUAAGAAGCUUCAUUUAAAAUUAAAUUAAAAUGCAGAGCCCCCCGGACUGGUGGCCAGGACCCGAACAGUCUGAGUGCCACUGAAAAUCAGCUCGCAUGCUGCCUUUGGCACAUGUUCCAUAGGUUGCCUACCCCUGCUAUAUACAAAAAUGUCUUCUACAAUCUCUUUUUUUUGGUUUAUUUUUCUUUAGAAAUAUUAUUUGCAGGCAAUGUACUUUGAGUGUGCACUGUUGAUUUCAAAGUACUGCCAGGCUUUCCAUGUUCUUGGUUAUAAGGACACAACAAAUGUAGUUUGAGAAAGAAAUAGAGAAGGGGUUGUAUUCCUUUACUGAAUCAUCACAAAUUAACUUAAUAUGCUGGCACUUAAUGACACAUAACAUUAAAUUUGGUGAAGUUUUAUUGGGAGACCUUUCUUCUCGGCCAUAAAUCAGUCGAAAGGGUGAUAUUUUUGUUGUCAUGUGAGGUUUAGAGUACAAAGAAAAGAAAGUUGCUCCAGGAAAUUCAUCACAAUUCCUCUGGGUUCUGUCCACCACCUUCUGGAAUGCUCU